UGUUGCUUGAUUCCUGUUCAAAUCAAAACAGGAUAUUCAGACUUUUUAUUGUAUUUGGUUAUACCGAACCAGUGAUUUUUUUUUUCAGGCUAAUUAAUUUUUCAAGAUUGCAAUCAGAUAUGCGUUUUAUGCCUUUAUAUUCCUACAAGGACUGGUUUAAUAAUUUUGACGUUAAGGCUGGAGAGAAGACUCCAGUGAAAAGCUGUGGAAAAUUAUAACCAAGUAGACAAAAUUGCAAGAGGACCCUCCUGUGGGUGUCAGUGGUGCACCAUCUGAGAAUAAUAUAAUGCAAUGGAAUGCAGUUAUAUUUGGGCCAGAAGGGACACCUUUUGAGGAUGGUACUUUUAAACUAGUAAUAGAAUUUUCCGAAGAAUAUCCAAAUAAGCCUCCAACCGUUAGGUUUUUGUCAAAAAUGUUCCAUCCAAAUGUGUAUGCAGAUGGCAGCAUAUGUUUAGAUAUUCUUCAGAAUCGCUGGAGUCCAACAUACGAUGUUUCAUCUAUUUUAACUUCAAUUCAGUCUCUGCUUGAUGAACCCAAUCCAAACAGUCCAGCAAACAGUCAGGCAGCACAACUUUACCAGGAGAACAAACGUGAAUAUGAGAAAAGAGUUUCAGCUAUUGUUGAACAAAGUUGGAAUGAUUCAUAACAGCUUCUGUGUUACUCUUUGUCCUUAUAAUCUUUAUGUACAAUUUAACUCUCAAUAGAAAGGCUACCAGAAGUUUCAAGUGCCACAGUUGUAUGAAUUUGCAUAAAAACUCAUUUGCAAGCAAAAUUAAGCCCUCCAGUUUAGGGAAAGCUAAAAGCUUGUGUAUCUCAAUUAAUGUCCUUUUUAUUGCAUGGUAAGAACUAAGUUAUUGCUACAUAAAUUUGUAAUAUAUCCUGUUUGUAUUUUUUUCCAAGUGUAUAAUGUUGGUGUGGAGUUUUCAUGACAGAAUAUUCACAUUUUGUAAAUCUGUACUUUUUCAAACAUUGAAUGCCUUAUUUUUGAAUUCUUUAGAUUUUUAAAUUGGAGAAAAGCACUUAAAGUUUUUAUAUAUGAAUAUUUCAUGUAAAACUGUUAAAUACAUAACCUUAGUGCAAGACA